AUGGAUGUGUACCCAAGUCACCGCAACCUGUCAAUUAUAAACUCUUUCAGGACUCUGUGACCGAGCGUGUAGUAGGAACACUUGUCUUAAUGGCGGAACGUGCACGGUGAACGAUGAGACCCGGAUGUUCCAGUGCGAAUGUCCGCAAGGGUUUAGCGGUUUGCUUUGUCAGGAUAAUUGUUCUUUGCAUUGUCUGCACGGGACUUGUCUGAAGGGCACAUUCAGUGAAGAGACUUGUCAGUGCUUCGAAGGAUGGAUGGGUUCGUUAUGUGAUAUUCUUGUGGCGGACGCUCAAAACUGUUCCCCACAGUGCGAGAGUGAUCAAAGGUAUACAUGACCUAUGACGGCAUUAGUAAAGACAACAAACUUGUAGGUGCACCAAAGGAGCCGACGGAUCAUAUUCUUGUCAGAGCGGCGAGAACGGCACAAUCACAUUGCCAUCUUGCGCAACACACACUUGUAAAAAUAACGGCACUUGUCUUGCGGAGAAUGUAAGCGGAACCACUUAGUUAGUAAUUAGCAGUGUAUUUGACAUGCUUCAGGGUGAUGUCAAAUGUGCCUGUGUACCUGGAUAUGUUGGAGAUCACUGUGAAACCGACGAGGAUGAGUGCAAAGAACACUUCUGUCAAAAUGGUGCAACUUGCAAGAAUUUGGUUGGAAGUUAUAUCUGCAACUGCGCGGAUGGCUUUUUUGGUGCGAAGUUUCUUCUCCGUUCUUAUUUUACCGUCAUUUUUUUAGGAAAGUAUUGUGAAGCUCAAGAAACCACGGUGAAACCUAAGCAGUGUACAUCAGAUCACUGUCGAAAUGGUGGAACUUGUACAACUGAUGGAUUCAUUUUUUCGUGUUUCUGUCCGAUUGGUUUCGAGGGAGAGCAGUGUGAGAUUCCUACAAAGGUACGUCAAAUUUCCACGAAAUACGGCAAUUCUCAAUCAUUAAGUAUAGGUUAACGACGCAAAUACGUGCACAUGCGAGAACCCGGCUCAUGUUUGCUCAGUCAUAAACGGCACCACGCAAUGCGAAUGUCCUUCGGGCUUUAUGGUACGUUCUAACCUGAUAAUCCGCCGGGGGCCAUCCUCAAAUCCUUUCUUAAUUGUAGGGUCAUGACUGUAAAGAGUUGAAAGCUCGUCCAUGCGAUCUCGAGCCUUGUCUUAAUGGAGGUCACUGCGUUGACGACGGACAGAAUCUGUUCACCUGCUUCUGUUUGCCUCACUGGACUGGAGUGUACUGUGGAGAACCUGUGGAAUGUCUGGUGAAUGGAACUGAUUGCAAAAACGGCGGAAAAUGCAUCUUCUCGUUGACAACGACUAGUUGUGAUUGUCCGGAAGGGUUCAGUGGAGCCACUUGUGAAACCAGCACUUCAUACCGUUCACAUCCAACUUGCACGGACAUACGCUGCCAAAACGGAGGUACUAGUCAGAAGUCUGAUACUGAUUUUCAUCCCGCUCAUUAUCCAGGAUCUUGCAAACUCGAUGCGGAAGGUGAUCCAUUCUGUCAAUGUCGUGACGGAUUCGAACCACCGUUCUGUGAGCCCAAAUCCGGUUGCACAAUAAAUCCGUGUCAUAACGGAGGUACCUGUCAAGACGCAGAUGGCCAAUACUUCUGUCAUUGCACAGUUGGAUUUGUUGGAGUUCAUUGUGAAACUGUUGAGGUGCUAUCAACUCCAUCACCAACUUUGGGAUCCUUCCCCGAUCUCGCUACCACCCGAAUUCAGCAGCUGACACAAAGUGUAAAUGUUUUGGAAAAUGUCUUUAAAGAACUGAUCGAAUUUGCAGGACAUCACGUGUGAAGACUGUGUGAGCUCUUCAAACUGCCUCGACGCAGAGUCCGGACCAAUUUGCAUCUGCCAAGACGGUUACUUUGGACAAAAAUGUGAUCAGAAGCACGAUGUAAGUUUUUGAAACACUGAGACAAUCGCCUUAUUUUUAAAUUUUUCAGAAAUGCGCAAAAGUCGACUGUCCAACUGGACAGACUUGCAGUCAAAUUAACGAAAACAACAAUAUCACUGCUCAAUGUGGAUGUGAAAUUGGUCACUUUGGUCAGAAGUGUGAAAUGGUCACGUCAGCAACAUUCUCCGCGUCAAGCUUGUACAUUCAUCAAAGUUCAAAAUUCUCCCUAGGGUAAUUUUAUUACGAAACAUUCUGGCAACGUAAAAGUUUUGUUUCAGCACAUCCUCCUUUGACAAAAUAACGUAUGAACUCGAAUUUUCCUUCCGAACCACCGUCGAAAACACACAUUUGGCAAGCAGUGAAAACAUUUUGGGCGAGAAGAUUCUCUCCAUUCAAAUGGUGUCUGGAUAUCUCGUGUUCAAUGCUACUGGGCAUUACAUGACCCAGCUUCUUCCGAUGAAAGUGAACGACGCGCACUGGUACACGAUUCUAGUCAAAGGAGAGCGAGACGUUUGUUUAGUUGUCAAAUUUUGUUAGCUAAGGCCAUUUUCAGGAAGUUCAAAUUGACGUUUUGACCGAGAAUGGCUUCAAACUUGUGAGCAAGAAGGUUUCCGGUCAGCUUGACGUGUUUUUGACCAGAUUCGGAAAGGUAAAACUAUACUGAUUUGGAAACAUUGUUGAUUGUGCUUUUUUCAGGUUUCCGGCUCUAAUUUCUUUGUUGGUUGCAUGGCCGACGUCCGCGUGGAUGGAGAACUAAUCAUCUUCACAGAUAGCAAGCGAGCAAUUGAUAUUCGAAAAGGCUGCACCAGAAGUGAACAGUGUUCGAGAGCAUAUUGCCAAAAUGAUGGUGGGCUACAAUUUUUAACCUCUAAGUUUCAUAUAAUAGUUUAAGGUUUGUGUGUUGACCACUGGGAGAGUUCCAGUUGCAAGUGCAAGCCUCCAUAUCUCAAGCCAAACUGUGCCUACUACCUGCCCAAAACCACUUUCGGUCAUUUGGAUCAACCGUCAAUUGUGCAUUUGAGGUUAGUCACCCUUAAAAAGGAAAAGAAAGCAAAACCGCAUAAUUAUGCAGCACAAGCGAACCGGAAAACCACCUGCUACGCAACGAGAUCGACCUGAGUUUUCUAAUGCGUUCCCGAAAGCCGGAUGCCGUGUUAUUUUACAUGGGCGAAAAGCAAGCCGCAGAUGUUCUGACCAAUUAUCUCGUAGUGAAAAUUGCCGGCGGUCUCAUUUCAGGUAAGAGUCCAUCAAAAGGAUCAUCUUUAAUGAAUAAUGAAUAAUUCAGUGAGAUACCGUACUGGCGGACGACGCGAGAUUGAGUUCACCAGCAAGAAUCGGGUGGACGACAACGAAGAGCAUCAUGUCAACGUUUUCAUUGACAGAAACAAACGACAGGUGUGUAGCGUGAAACAAAUGUGUCCCUCAAAAUUCAACGUUCAGAUCAUUAUCGAUGGUUUGACGGAGUGUGCGGAACCAAUUAUCUCGCGCAUGUCACAAGAAUUCUACGUGGAUGACAUUGUGAUCGGUGCCUCGAAUGUUGUUGGAUCUGACUCCGAGUUCUACAAGGGAUACCUGCAGGACAUUCAGAUUAAUCAGAAAUCGGUGAUUAUUCAUCCAACUUCACUCACAAUUGAUAAAAUUGGGAAAAUGGAGAAGACUCAAAAUGUUAUAGAGGUACGUUAACGGUCAUUGCAAAUAUUUUUUGAGCAUGGUGGUUUCAGGGCGCUGUGUCGGACCCAGUUUGCAAUAAUAAUCCCUGCAAACACGGAGAGUGCACGGAAACAUUCAAUGCAUUUACUUGCCAAUGCUCUGACGGUUCCACUGGAAAGUUAUGCGAUAAAAUCGAUUACUGCAAAGACGCGAAGUGCUCAAGUGGCUCAAGAUGUGAAAAUGCGGACAAUGGGCACUACUGCAUAUUCCCAGUUACCGUUUCAAACGGCAGUAAACUAAUUCACAAAAUUUAUCCGAAAACUUCUUUGAAGCUUCCAACUGUUACUUUCUCUAUGAGAACUCAUUCUCAGAAUGGCCAUAUUUUCUCUUUGGUUCGUCAAUCUUCAAUUUUUAUCAUUAUUGUUUGUUUUCAGACCGUCGGAAAAUCAAGUCUGUCUGUAUUCCUUUUUAAGCGUCGUCUCGUCCUCAUUAACAAAGCGAAUCAAAAGUUUGAGCAAGUGAUUUCCGACGGGAAGUGGCACAGAAUCAAUUUGCACCCGUUCAAAGUAAUUAUCGACGGGAAAAACUACAGUACGUUCACAUUUUCAAUCAAAAGUAGUAAUAGUAAUCUAUUUCAGUUUCGACAACGGAACUCUUCCCAUCUGAAAGCACUGUCGACGCAACUUUGGUCAUUGGAGAACAGAAUGGCGAUGCAAUCUUUGCAUGCUUAGAUGACUUUCAACUCGGAGACUAUCCAACUCUCUCAUUCACUAAAUCCAAGAUCCCAUCUGACUCAGAAACGUGGUCAAUGACUGAAAAACAGUCAGUUGGAACUGGCUGCAUCUCUUCCGACCAGUGCGGCCUUUACUCGACCUGCCUGAAUGGAGCAUCGUGUGCUGAUAUUUGGAACAAACGGAAGUGCACAUGCUUGCCCGGUUUCACUGGGGAUAACUGUGAGGAAAAUAUCAAUGACUGCAAGUACAUGGAUUGUGGAAAAUCUGGAUACUGUCUGGAUGGAAUCAAUGAGGCGAAAUGUGUUUGCAACGAUGGAUUCCAUGGCGACCGAUGCGAACACGCUGACGAUGAAUGCGAAGGCGUUCAGUGUCAUAAUGGAGGAGAGUGCGUGAAAUCUGCAGAAAACGGGAAAAUCUCAUGCAAAUGUGAUAGACCAUGGAUGGGAGAUUACUGUAAUGUGACAUGGACGACGAGUUGCAAGGACUCUCCAUGCCAGAACUUUGGACAAUGUAUGCAGAAAACAGACGUGAGUAGAUAGUUUGGGAGAAUUUUAAAUAUUCCAAAGAUUUUCAGACUUCUUUCGAGUGUAACUGUAUGGAUGGUUACUCUGGCGAACUGUGUGAGCAGCGUGAUGUGAAUGAGUGUAACCACUAUGAUUGCAACCGCGGACACUGCGUAAUGACCGUCAGCGGGCCAGCCUGUCAAUGCGAACUUGGUUAUACGGGACGAUUCUGCGAAAAACUGUUGAAUCAGUGUUCUAGCAACACGUGUAGUUCGAGAGGAUCGUGCUCCGCGGUCUGGAACAACACAGUAUGUUCUUGUGAGAAGAACUGGCGCGGAUCUCAUUGCCAAUAUCAAUCCAACACGUGUCUGGACUUCCCGUGCAACAAUGACGGUGUCUGUGCCACUUCCGAAGACAACUCGUUCAAAUGCGAAUGCCAAAAGUUUUAUAUGGGCACUCGGUGUGAAAUCGAAGGAAGUUGUUUGAAAGCAAACUGUGUCAACGGAGAAUGCAUUCAACUGUCGGCGGAACGGCACACGUGCAGCUGCAAUAUCGGAUACGAGGGCGAUGCGUGUGAUAAACGCAUCGACUACUGUAAACGGGGACCUUGUAUGAACGGAGCUUCCUGUGAAAGCAAGCUGACCGGCUACAAGUGCACAUGUGCCCUUGGAUUUGAAGGAGCGGACUGUGAGAUAAACAUUGACGAAUGUGCCCGUGGAUACUGCAGCAAUGGAGCAAAAUGUCGGGACAAAGUCAACGAUUAUGAGUGCAUCUGUGAUGGGACUGGAUAUGAAGGAAGGAAUUGCACAGUAGAUGUUAAUGAAUGCGAGAAUCCAAACAACUGCAUCAAUGGAGAAUGCUCCAACACACUUGGAGGCUACAAAUGCGCCUGCAAAAACGGUAUGAACUUCUACUUAUACUUGGAAUGAUGUCAAAACCAAAAUUUUUUCCAGGAUUUAUUGGCCCCCGUUGUUCCUUGAAGAAUCCGUGCACAGCGCAGAUCACGUCCAAUAACAUUUCCAGUGUAACUUGUGUACACGGGAAAUGCGUGAAUCCUGUGGUUCAUGUGAGUUUUCGCUUUUUAAUUAAGUUAUUUUUAUUUCUUCCUGUUUACAGAUUGACAAGAACCGAGAGGUGGCAAAAUAUGAAUGCGCAUGCGAUCGAGGCUAUACUGGACCGACAUGUUCUCAAAGAGUGAGGGAAUUCAUUUCACUUCAUUUCAUUUCAUUUCAUUUCAUAUUAUUUAAUUUUCAUUUCACUCCCAAUACUCCCACAUAUUUUUCUCUUCUCAUCAUACGCUCAUAAAAGAAGAAAAAGGAGAAGACGGAUACAAACGCUUACUUCUUCUUUUAUUUGUUUAUACAUAUGAUGGGGGAGAUGGGAAAAGAAGAAGAGAGAAGGAGCUGUCACAAUUGAUUGCCAUGUAUUCUUACCAAGUUCUUUUUUUCUCUUUCUCUUCUUCCCGCCUGCUCCUACGGUCUCUUUUGUUUAUUACUUGCUAUUGUUUCACUGUAACGCUGAAGAAAACACGUAUGGUUUCAUUUUCAGAUCAAAGAAUCGGCAAUGUCGAACAUUGGCUAUUUAUUCGGACCAAUCGUCGCCAUCGUCGUCGUGUUUGCCAUCCUCGGAUGUUUGCUCCUUUUCUUUGUUAUUCGUGGAAACAACGCCAUGCACGGGCACUACAGCCCGAGUUCUCAUGAAUUCAGCCAGAAUCGAAUGACGGUAACAUCUUUACUUUUUUUAAAACUUUUCUGCUCAACUUUCUGUUCUUCCAGAUGCCAACUGUCAUAAAACUGCCUCCACAAGAAAGACUCAUCUGA